AUGACUACAAAUUUGCAAUCAGUAUCAUUAAUUGCUGCUGAAAUGCCACCAAAUCAGCGUGAGGAGAUUAAUCCUCAUCACGUGUGGAAUUGGCGUCUUGGAAAAAAGCGACCUGAAUCUAAAAAGGUCAAGAAAAAGCCAAAAAAAGCAAAAAUGUCAUCAAAACACUUUAUAUGCCAACGCAAAGGUGUUAGUCUUGAUGAUGCAGAAAUGCUUCAUGAUCUAUGGUCACAAUAUGCUGAGGGUUUUUUGAAGCAACAUAAUAUCAACGAGGACAACGUAAAGUCACGGUCAGAUUUAAAGGAUAUUGUGCAAAAGAUGGAGUUGAUUGGUGCAAAAAUUGAAAUAAAAAAGGCGAAAUGUUCUUCCAUCGUGGGAACACGUGGCAUAAUAAUUAUGGACAGCAAGAAUAUGCUGACAUUGGUGAAUCUUGCCGGCAGAGUGAUUCAUUUGCCUAAAAUUGACUGUGUCUUUGAGAUGUCCAUUGGAAAUUUGACAUUACUGGUUUUUGGAAAGUUCCUGACCAUGAGAAUUGCAGAUAGAUGUGUUAAGACAUAUAAAAAUGUUCUAAGUCAUGAAUUAUAG